AUGUACUCGAAUUCAAACGCCUAUCUAGGCGGAAAUAGCCAGCGGCCUGGCCAACAACAGCAAUAUGGGAGCCCCUUCGGAAUGGGCGUCGGCCAGCAGGCCAUGGGCCAACAACAGCCUAGUCCCUUCGCCCCUCAGCCGACAGGCUUUGGCCAAGCUCCUCUGCAGCAGCAGUUCACCGGGUUUCCCAUGGCAUCCCAGGCGACUGGCAUGCCGCAGCAGCAGCAGCCUCCAAUGUCCCUCCAGAAUCAAUACACGGGGAUGCCCGGCCCCGGUGGCCCGCAAGGCUUCAAGCACCACCGAUGCCGUCCAUUCCUCAGCAAUCUCACAGCCGACUGGCUUCUCUUCUCAAGUCAAUUGAACCCGGUCGCCCCACCUCCCGCACCGGUGCAGAAGCCUCAGCCCACCGGGUUCUCGGAGAUGGCAGCCUCCUUCCACACAGGAGCACCGAAAGCGGCGGUUCCUCCUCCUCCCCCGAAGCCGACCAACAAGAUCCCUAAUAUCAGGCUGUCCUUUAUCACCGCACAAGAUCAAGCCAAAUUCGAGGGCUUGUUCAAGGCUCAAGUAGGUGACUCAGCCACGACCAUUGCCGGUGACAAGGCUCGCGACCUGCUCCUCCGGUCCAGGCUCGACGGUGAUACCCUAUCACAUAUCUGGACCCUUGCCGAUACCACCCGGUCUGGCCAGCUUCACUUCCCCGAAUUCGCUUUGGCCAUGUACCUAUGCAACCUGAAACUUACUGGCAAGCAGCUACCCCCAAGUCUUCCGGAUAACAUCAAGAACGAAGUGUCAAGCAUGGUCGAUAUUAUUAACUUUAGUGUUGCCGAGGAGGCUGCUUCUGCGCCGGCCACAAACGCGCCCGAUUUUGCCAGGCAGAACACCACCUCCCCGCCCACUAUUCACCAACCUCAGCCGCAGGCAUCGAACUCCCAGCUCCUGCAAACACAAAUGACUGGAUUCCCGGGGCAACAACAGACCGGCUUCGGCCAGCCUCAAGGCAUGCAGCCUCAGCAAACCGGAUUCCCAGGAAUGUCCAACCCUCUUGCUACUGGUUACAACGGCCCGCGCCCUCCCAUGCCACCCAUGCCCACCGGAUUCGGCCAGAGCCUAUCAACCGGCUUGCAAGGCAACGCCGUGAUUCCUUGGGCGAUCACGAAGGAUGAGAAGCAUCGAUAUGACGGCCUUUUCCGCGCUUGGGAUGGCAUGAGUAAGGGGUUUAUCGCCGGCUCACAGGCCAUUGAAAUUUUUGGUCAGAGCGGACUGGAGAAGCCCGACCUCGAGCGCAUCUGGACGCUCGCCGACAGCGGCAACAAGGGUCGCCUCAAUCUCGACGAGUUCGCCGUGGCCAUGCAUCUGAUCUACCGAAAGUUGAAUGGCUACCCAGUCCCUAACAAUCUACCGCCGGAACUUGUGCCGCCAUCAACGCGAAACAUCAACCAGUCCAUUGGGGCAAUGAAGUCGAUGCUACACGAAGAAUCAGAGCUCCGAAAGAACUCUGGUGCUGCCCUCCUUCCCCAACGCACCGGCGUCAACUAUGCCAAGUCCCACUCGCUCAGAGGCAACACGGGCGCCGCAUUUGGACGCAAAGAUGCCACAAGUUUUAGGAAUAAUGACGACGAUAUCGGUUACAAGUCGAGCGCGCGCCGUAGAAUCGGAACCAGUUCUCCUAGGCCCGACUCGCCUGUCUCCUCUGUGACGUCCAACGAUGAUCUCAGCUUGGAUCAGUUGAGAAAGAAGAUUCGCGAAAAGCAGGUCCUUCUCGAUGCCGUCGACUUUAAGGAUGAGAGGAACACUGAGGAAGAUGAUAUUCUCGACCGAAGAGAUCGUCGGGAGGCAGAAGAGUUGUACCGCCGUGUCCGCCGGAUCCAAGAGGAUAUUGAUAACCACCCCGAUUCUGCUUAUGUCUCUUAUGUCUCGGGCGAUACUGAUGCCGAAAGGCGUGCUCUCAAGCGCCAGCUUCAGAACCUCACCGAUCGCAUCCCCCAGCUCGCCUCAGAGGUCCGCAAGACCGAAAAGGCGAUUGCAGACGCGCGAAUGGAACUUUUCCGAUUGAAGGACGCCAAGACCAACCCCGGCAGCGCCGCCGCAAUCAUUGGCACUGGACCGGGCGGUAUGGUCACGGAAUCGGACAGGCUCAAGGCUCGGGCCAAGGCCAUGAUGCAGCAACGAACAGCCGCACUCACUGGCAAAAAGGUCGAUAUCAGCAACGACGAAGAUGCCGCUAAGCGUCUGGAAGAGGAGAGCCUUAAAGCCAGGACCGAAAAGGAAAAUAAUGAGCGCAUGGUCCGUGAUGUCGAGGACAGUGUUCGCGACUUUGCCAAGGGCCUCGAGGAUAACUUGAAGGACGGCGGCCGAGACUCGACCAGCGAACACGAACGGCGUCGGUGGGAGGAUGGACUAGGUGUCGAGGACGAGGUCCGCGAUUUCAUCUUCGACAUGCAGCGUUCCAGCCGAUCAGCUCGCGUCCGGUCCCAAGACACUCGAAGCACACGUGCUCCCGAGCCCGCCCCUCGGUCCCAGCCCGAGGCGUCCUUCAGGAACGACACGCCUCCUCCGCGAUCAACAGCGUCGCCCUCGACUACCGCGGGAGGUAACUCAUACUCGUCGUACAAGACGCCAGAGGACCGUGCCGCCUUUAUCAAGCAGCAAGCGGAGCAGCGAAUGGCUGAAAGGCUUGCCGCUUUGGGAAUCAAGGCUCCUUCGAAACCAGGAGAGACGGCAGCACAGAGGCUCGAGCGCGAGAGGGCGGAGAAGGCCGCGAAGCUGCGACAAGCUGAAGAAGAAGACGCGCGGAGGGAGGCAGAACGGCAGGCGAGGCUUGCGGACGAACAGGGCGUUCCUCCUCCUGCUCCCGAGCCUACCAAGAGCGAAAGUCGCAAGCCAGCACCUCCGCCCUCACGAAAGACGGCUAAGGAGCAGCCCGCCCAGCAGGAACCCGCAGCCCGCGAAGAAGCGGGCGAGCUGGAGCGCGAGAGAGAGGCGGCGGAGGCGCGUCUGAAGGCUCUGGAAGAGCAGGUAAAGCAGAACAAACUCAAGAAGGAGGAGGAGAAACGGCGAAAGAAGGCCGCGUUGGCGGAAGGCAGAGAGCGAGAGGCUAAGGAGCGAGAGGCAAAGGAGAAGGAGGCGAGGGAUCGUGAGGCCAAGCUCGCGGCGGAGCGUGCCGAGUUUCAACGACGCGAGGAAGAGCUCCGGCGAACUGGAGCGGUCGACCACCUCUCCCCACAGCCCGCGGCGGCCGUCGCUGCAGCUCCGGCGGCCACGCCUCCUACGGACACGGAAAGCAAGAACCCCUGGUUCAAGAUGAUGGCGCAGCCAGCGGCCGAGACCCAAGCGCCUAGCGCCCCCGCCCCGCCCGCCCCGCCUGCCCCGUCUGCCCAGUCUGCCCCCGCUUCGGCACCGGCAGAGUCUACGAAUCCAUUCCACCGAAUGGCACAACAGGGACAGUCAUCGGCGCCUUUCGUCCCCGGACCUACCAUCUCCCGCAAGCGCGCCGACGAUGACGACGACGGCUGGGGCUCCGACAACAACGAUGAGUCGGACGAUGAGUCGGACGAUGGACGACCCGGCGGCGCCAAGGCCGCGCAACUCGCGCAAAUGCUCUUUGGCGCCAUGGGACCCCCUCGGCCACUCUCUGCUGCCGAUGAGAAGGCCACCUCCGGCCGCUCCUCCCCGCCGCCGCCCCCUGUGCCUGACUUUGGUGCUCCGUCUGCCCCUGCGCCGCCGCCGCCCCCUCCCAUGCCAAACAUGGGCGCGCCUGCUCCUCCUGGACCCCCGCCCCCGCCUCCUAUGCCUAGCCUCGGCGGAGGAGGAAGUGCUCCCGCCGCACCACCUGGCGGAGGCCGACCGGCCGGCCUCUUGGGUCAGAUCCAGGCCGGAGCGAUGCUCAAGAAAACCACGACCAAGGACAAGAGCGCAUCAUCGUUUGCUGGACGCGUCUUGGAUUGA